ACGGGCCUGCCUCGGGCUCAGGCGCGGCGGGCGCGCGCUGCGGCGGGUGUGCGAUCGCGGGCUGUUGUGCUCCCGGUUGUGCUCGGUCCCUCCUCGGCGGGUGGCGGAGGCCCCAAGCGGUGCGGGGCGCGUCCCUUCCUUCCCUGCUCGUCCUGCCCAGCUCCUCUCGUGCUGCGUGGUCUCUCGGACGCCAGACCGGCCCGGCCCGGAUAUGGCUCGUGGACAGCAGAAGAUUCAGUCUCAGCAGAAGAAUGCCAAAAAGCAGGCUGGACAAAAGAAGAAACAAGGGCAUGACCAAAAGGCUGCUGCUAAAGCUGCCUUGAUAUACACCUGCACAGUCUGUAGGACACAAAUGCCAGACCCCAAGACCUUCAAGCAGCACUUUGAGAGCAAACACCCCAAGACUCCACUUCCUCCAGAACUGGCUGAUGUUCAGGCGUAAAGUUUACAGGUGAAUUCAUGACACCGUUGACUCUUCUACUGUCUCAGACCUUAGGUAACAAACCUGCAGCUGCUUUUUAAACAAACUGUUGAUCAGCAAAAUAAAGGGGCUACAGAAACA